AGUACACAGCAGGUCGUGUUGUGACGGGGGAUGGGAGUGGGGAUUUCUCUCGCGGUCUUGUAGUUGAACUCUUGUCUGAAACGUUGUUUUCUUUGUGAAAACAGGCUUCGUAGCCGAUAAGUUCACUUUCCUGCUCGCGAAUGCACCUCGCCACGUUUGAAAAGCGAAAAUAAUCUGCAAGUGCUCGACGAGUUCUGCUAUAAAACAGCUGAAAUGUAUUCGAGCGGAGCAGCGAGUGGUCAAACAAUGGAAGGAUUAUCAGCUCAUGAAACUUAUCUGUCCGCUCCAUCAGCUCCUCUGUCUCCUGUACCACAAGAGUAUGUGUUUAAACCACCUCAGAGGCCAGACUUUGGCACCAUGGGUAGGACGAUCAAACUGCAGGCCAACUUCUUUGAGAUGGAGAUUCCCAAACUGGAGGUGUAUCAUUACGACAUUGACAUCAAACCUGAGAAGUGCCCACGCAGGGUCAACCGUGAAAUCGUCGAGCACAUGGUCCAGCACUUUAAAACACAAAUCUUUGGUGACCGAAAGCCUGUGUAUGAUGGACGGAAGAAUUUAUACACGGCAAUGCCCUUGCCUAUAGGAAGGGACAAGGUGGAGCUGGAGGUAACUAUCCCUGGAGAAGGGAAAGACAGGAGCUUUAAAGUGGCCAUAAAGUGGGUUUCCUGUGUUAGUCUUCAAGCUCUUCAUGAAGCGUUGUCUGGACGGCUGCCAAGCAUCCCUUUUGAGACCAUUCAAGCUCUAGAUGUGGUCAUGAGACAUUUGCCCUCCAUGAGGUACACACCUGUUGGCCGCUCAUUUUUCACACCUUCUGAAGGCUGCUCAAACCCUCUUGGUGGUGGAAGGGAAGUCUGGUUUGGCUUUCAUCAGUCUGUUCGUCCAUCUCUUUGGAAAAUGAUGCUUAACAUUGAUGUAUCUGCAACGGCAUUCUACAAAGCCCAACCAGUGAUCGAGUUUAUGUGUGAGGUUUUGGAUUUUAAGAGCAUCGAUGAACAACAGAAGCCCCUAACAGAUUCCCAAAGAGUCAAAUUCACUAAGGAGAUAAAAGGUCUGAAAGUAGAGAUCACACACUGCGGGCAGAUGAAAAGGAAAUACAGAGUUUGCAACGUAACCAGGAGACCAGCCAGCCACCAGACGUUUCCAUUACAGCAGGAGAAUGGACAAACUAUUGAAUGCACUGUGGCACAAUACUUUAAGGAUAAAUACAAACUGAUACUUCGAUAUCCUCAUCUCCCAUGUUUACAAGUCGGGCAGGAGCAAAAGCACACUUACCUUCCUCUUGAGGUUUGUAACAUAGUGGCUGGACAGCGAUGCAUUAAGAAACUGACAGACAAUCAAACCUCCACUAUGAUUCGUGCCACAGCCAGGUCAGCCCCUGACCGUCAGGACGAAAUCAGCAAAUUGAUGAGAAGUGCCAACUUUAAUAGUGACCCUUAUGUGCGAGAGUUUGGGGUCAUGGUAAGGGAUGAAAUGACUGAAGUGAAUGGCCGAGUCCUCCAGGCACCAUCAAUUCUUUAUGGAGGACGGAACAAGGCAAUAGCAACCCCAAUCCAAGGUGUAUGGGAUAUGAGAAACAAGCAAUUUCAUACUGGUAUAGAGAUCAAGGUUUGGGCCAUCGCCUGCUUUGCUCCACAAAGGCAAUGCACUGAACUCUUAUUAAAGGCAUUUACAGACCAGCUGCGCAAGAUUUCUCGUGAUGCAGGCAUGCCCAUUCAAGGCCAGCCCUGCUUCUGUAAGUAUGCUCAGGGAGCUGACAGUGUGGAACCCAUGUUCAAACACCUGAAGUACACCUACCAAGGCCUGCAGUUAGUCGUGGUCAUUCUUCCAGGGAAGACGCCUGUCUAUGCGGAGGUGAAGCGUGUCGGGGACACAGUUUUAGGAAUGGCCACUCAGUGUGUCCAAGUGAAGAAUGUCCAGAAAACCACUCCACAGACAUUGUCCAACCUCUGUCUGAAGAUCAACGUUAAGCUGGGUGGAGUCAACAACAUUCUGCUUCCGCAGGGAAGGCCCCUGGUUUUCCAGCAGCCUGUAAUUUUCCUGGGUGCAGAUGUAACUCAUCCUCCAGCAGGAGAUGGAAAGAAGCCCUCCAUUGCUGCAGUUGUUGGUAGCAUGGAUGCCCACCCAAGCCGAUACUGUGCCACAGUGCGUGUUCAACAGCACCGCCAAGACAUAAUUCAGGACUUGGCUGCAAUGGUGAGAGAACUGCUGAUCCAGUUCUACAAGUCAACCCGCUUCAAACCCACUCGUAUCAUCUACUACAGAGACGGCAUUUCAGAAGGUCAAUUCAAUCAGGUUCUGCAACAUGAGUUACUGGCAAUCCGUGAGGCCUGUAUAAAGCUAGAGAAGGACUACCAGCCAGGAAUCACUUUUGUAGUAGUCCAGAAGAGACACCAUACUAGGCUUUUCUGUAUGGAUAGGAACGAGAGGGUUGGAAAGAGUGGGAACAUCCCUGCUGGCACCACAGUUGACACGAAAAUCACUCAUCCAUCAGAAUUUGACUUUUACCUUUGCAGCCAUGCGGGCAUUCAGGGUACGAGCAGGCCAUCUCACUAUCAUGUGUUGUGGGAUGACAACCAUUUCACUUCAGAUGAGCUACAGGUACUCACAUACCAACUGUGCCACACCUAUGUACGCUGCACCCGCUCUGUUUCCAUUCCUGCACCUGCUUACUAUGCCCACCUUGUGGCAUUCCGAGCACGUUACCACCUGGUAGACAAGGAACACGACAGUGCUGAAGGCAGCCACACAUCAGGCCAAAGUAAUGGUCGAGAUCAGCAGGCCCUGGCUAAAGCUGUGCAGAUCCAUCAAGACACACUGCGCACCAUGUACUUCGCCUGAGCUCUGCAAGAGUUGAGUGUCAUAUCCUCGAACACCAUGUGUCUGUAUGUUUUAACGUGCCCCGUUCAUCUUGGGGUCUCCAAAUGUGCACAUGCUUAACUCAUAACAUUUCACACAUUCAAGCUCUUUAUCUCUGUAUUUAUUUGAGCUGCAAGAAAACAUUUUUGUCCAUUUGUUCUAUCAUUUUACACUGACAGUUCUGACUUUGCUUUGAGGUUUAUAUUAUUAUAAAUAUCAGAAUUAUGAUUAUGCCAAGGUUGAUGGAAUAGAACUUUUGAUGAAGUUAUAACAUUCAGGUUGCAAGAAAGACAUAUUUGUGGAACCUCUGUUAGUACUGACUUAAAAGGACUUAAGGACACGAGUACUUACUGUUUUUUUUUGUUUGUUUGUUUGUUUGUUUCACAUGUACUAACAAAUCUAGGUCAGUGUUGUUUUUUGUUAGUUCUCAACUAAGUCACUCUCGCCGUAGUUUUUUUGUUUUCUUUUGACUACAAACUGACAUGUGUUUAUAAUUAAAUGGAAAUCCAAUCUAUCUAUUAUAAUAUGGAAAGAUUGGACGGUUUUUAGGCCAGUGGAAGGUUAAUCAACUAGAAAUCUGUCAUUCUCUCACCAUGAGAAGAGUGUUUUGACAAUCAGCUGUCUGGGUCUGAAGAGAAUUGUAGUUAAUACAGGACUGGUUCCUGAGACCAGCACCCAUUCUUGAACUAAAUCUGUUAGUAAGUUAUUCUAUUACUACCUUAGUUUUCUUUUUUGUUUUCCCAGCAUUAUCUGUUAGACCAUCCCAGUUAGACUGUAAAGAGGUGUACUAAUAAUGUGUGUGUGAGACGUUAGUUUCUAUGUACUGCUGAUUAUUAUUAUUAUUAUUAUUAUUACAAGUCCAGCCUGAAGUUUUGCUUUCUUAAAGGAACACUCCAUUGUUUUCAAACUAAUUUCUAUCUACUGCUUCUGUAGUGAGUAACUGAUUACUACUUACUUAAAGACUUAACAUCUUUUUCUCUAUCCUGAGAAAAGAUCAGAGAGCCUGUUUCUGUGAAACUUAUUUAUAAAGACAGCCUAAUGGCAGCUGUUGUAUGAUAUUAAACAUUUACAGUUCCUGACCACAUAACCCAAAAUACCACUUGAUGAGACGGAAAGCAAAAUAAUUUUUUUAUGUAGUUUUAUUCCACUUUUACUGGGGCAGUAGAUUAAAAAAUUCUGCUCACUUUUGCUUUACAUUCAUGAUUGUAUGCAUGUACGUCUGAAAAAGUCUCAUCCUCUAAAAGACUAAAUUGCGUAGAGAUUAUAUUUAAAGUCCAAUUCAUAAAUACUUGGCAGAGGAAUUUAUAAAAGCAUUCUACAGUUAGUUACCAUUACCUUGCCCCAUUUUUAGGCAUCUCUUUAUGAGUAAGUUUUGAGUUCAUGUUUUCUUAGAUUUUAUUUGGGCACAGAGAAGUCUGCAGUUAUUUUUGUGAGAUCAGCCUCUGCAUUAGAGGUGCAUUGGAUAGAAAUCAGGCUUAACAAACUCUGGAGUAUUACUUUAAGUGUCUUGUGAUUCUGCUGUGGUGGUGCAUGAAUCACAAUGUAAAGGACAGAUGUUUUUAAUUUUUUCAAUGAUUAUUUUACAUCUCCAUGUUCAAGAUGGUGAGCUGUAUAUAGUUUCUUUGUUAGAUCUAUACACACUGAUGGCUUAUGGAACAAUGGCCUUAAUGGUAUGGAGGUCUUGAGGAUUACGGGAAAGCGUUUGUUGGUUAUAGAUAUCUAGUUAGCCACAUUACACUUGAAUGUGUUACGCACCUUAUUUUUUUGCCCAAAUGUCAGUGAUAACGCAAUAGCCUUUACCAUGAAUUUUUGACUGUUCUAUUGAAUCUAAAUUUGAGGACUCCUAUUGUGCAACUCUUUGCAUCUUUGGUGCUCAGAAGCUCUUCUCAAGAGCUUUGUAGUGUCAUUGGGUUUGUCUAAUAGGUGAGUGGUUUCAGUUUUUGCUAAAGGCUUUUGAGAUUAUGGGGUAGAUUAGCAAAUGAUCCAACAAUUUGUAAAAAAAAAAAUUACUGUUGUAAAUUGUUUGGACAUUUUUUUACUGUUAUAAAUGCAAAUAUUAUUGGAACGUUGAUUAGCUUCCCCAUAAGUUUCACAUUUAACUUUAAAUAACCUAUAGCUGAACAUUUUUAAACUUUUAUACCUAUGCAUUUAUAAUCAAGAGAUUUUAGUGUGUUUUUGUGUAUAUAUUGACUUUAGAUAAUGUGUAUUGUAGUCAUUUUAAGCUUUAAUAGAGUGCAUGGGGGGAAAAAACAACCUCUUCCUAUUGUAGCAGUAUUAGCCUAUAGAAUAUUCUAUUUUUAUUAUAGCAGACAAUUAGAUACAACUUUCAGUUAGUCCUGUUAGCCAAGAAAGAUUACACGUAUUUAAACAUACUGUUAUCCACAUAAACUGAAGCACAACAAAUGAUUGGUGCUAAACCUUUUCCUAAAACAAAUAUUUUAUGUACAAUGAGAUCACAGUAAAA